UGAGGCAGUGCCCAUAGAGCAAGUCCAACAAAUGGAAAAAGAUAAAGAAAUGCCCAAAGACAGUGUUCAGAUUGAGCCGCAAGAGCCGACUUUUGCAGUGUGUGAAAUUCAACCAACAGCACCUCAGGCAGAAAUAGCAAUUGAAAGUGGCGCAACCUCACCAAAAGACAUUGAAACAACUGUUCAAAUUGAGCCACAACAGCUUGAUUUGGUGGUGUGUGAAAAGGAGGAAACACAGCCCGAAACUUUGGCAGUACCAACAGAGCAGAUCCAACAAAUUGAAAAAGAGAAAGAAACUCCAGUAGAAACACCCAAAGACAGUGUUGAGAUUGAGCCGCAAGAGCCGACUUUUGUGGUGUGUGAAAUUCAACCAACAGCACCUCAGGUAGAAAUGGAAAUUGAAUGUGGUGUAACCUCACCAAAAGACAUUGACACAACUGUUCAAAUUGAGCCACAACAGCUGGAUUUGGUGGUAUGUGAAAAGGAGGAAACUCUACCUCGGCCAGAAAUUUCAGAAUUGACACCUAAAGAGGGAAUCCCUGUCUUAGAGGUUGCUCUGUCUGAUCAAUCAGUGAGUCCACCAGUUGAGCGUGAAUUGUUGCCUACAGGUGAGGGUCAAAUGCCGACGACUGAAACACCUGAUGAAACUGAAAUCUCCAAAACCAAACAAAAGAAAAAGACAAGGAAACACAAGAAGACAAGCAAGGACAAGAGUCUUGAGGAAGAGGAAGCACCUUCUGACUUCCAAGAGGUAAAACCUGAUUCUACUGAACCACAGACAGUGAUCAAAACAACAGAGGAAAGAUUGGUUCCUUCUGAAGAACAAGAUUUCAUAACUCAACCGCCACCAGACACUGAGGCAGUGCCCAUAGAGCAAGUCCAACAAAUGGAAAAAGAUAAAGAAACUCCAGUAGAAACGCCCAAAGACAGUGUUCAGAUUGAGCCGCAAGAGCCGACUUUUGCGGUGUGUGACAUUCAACCAACAGCACCUCAGGCAGAAAUAGCAAUUGAAAGUGGCGCAACCUCACCAAAAGACAUUGAAACAACUGUUCAAAUUGAGCCACAACAGCUUGAUUUGGUGGUGUGUGAAAAGGAGGAAACACAGCCCGAAACUUUGGCAGUACCAACAGAGCAGAUCCAACAAAUUGAAAAAGAGAAAGAAACUCCAGUAGAAACACCCAAAGACAGUGUUGAGAUUGAGCCGCAAGAGCCGACUUUUGUGGUGUGUGAAAUUCAACCAACAGCACCUCAGGUAGAAAUGGAAAUUGAAUGUGGUGUAACCUCACCAAAAGACAUUGACACAACUGUUCAAAUUGAGCCACAACAGCUGGAUUUGGUGGUAUGUGAAAAGGAGGAAACUCUACCUCGGCCAGAAAUUUCAGAAUUGACACCUAAAGAGGGAAUCCCUGUCUUAGAGGUUGCUCUGUCUGAUCAAUCAGUGAGUCCACCAGUUGAGCGUGAAUUGUUGCCUACAGGUGAGGGUCAAAUGCCGACCACUGAAACACCUGAUGAAACUGAAAUCUCCAAAACCAAACAAAAGAAGAAGACAAGCAAGGACAAGAGUCUUGAGGAAGAGGAAGCACCUUCUGACUUCCAAGAGGUAAAACCUGAUUCUACUGAACCACAGACAGUGAUCAAAACAACAGAGGAAAGAUUGGUUCCUUCUGAAGAACAAGAUUUCAUAACUCAACCGCCACCAGACACUGAGGCAGUGCCCAUAGAGCAAGUCCAACAAAUGGAAAAAGAUAAAGAAACUCCAGUAGAAACGCCCAAAGACAGUGUUCAGAUUGAGCCGCAAGAGCCGACUUUUGCGGUGUGUGAAAUUCAACCAACAGCACCUCAGGCAGAAAUAGCAAUUGAAAGUGGCGCAACCUCACCAAAAGACAUUGAAACAACUGUUCAAAUUGAGCCACAACAGCUUGAUUUGGUGGUGUGUGAAAAGGAGGAAACACAGCCCGAAACUUUGGCAGUACCAACAGAGCAGAUCCAACAAAUUGAAAGAGAGAAAGAAACUCCAGUAGAAACACCCAAAGACAGUGUUGAGAUUGAGCCGCAAGAGCCGACUUUUGUGGUGUGUGAAAUUCAACCAACAGCACCUCAGGUAGAAAUGGAAAUUGAAUGUGGUGUAACCUCACCAAAAGACAUUGAAACAACUGUUCAAAUUGAGCCACAACAGCUGGAUUUGGUGGUAUGUGAAAAGGAGGAAACUCUACCUCGGCCAGAAAUUUCAGAAUUGACACCUAAAGAGGGAAUCCCUGUCUUAGAGGUUGCUCUGUCUGAUCAAUCAGUGAGUCCACCAGUUGAGCGUGAAUUGUUGCCUACAGGUGAGGGUCAAAUGCCGACGACUGAAACACCUGAUGAAACUGAAAUCUCCAAAACCAAACAAAAGAAAAAGACAAGGAAACACAAGAAGACAAGCAAGGACAAGAGUCUUGAGGAAGAGGAAGCACCUUCUGACUUCCAAGAGGUAAAACCUGAUUCUACUGAACCACAGACAGUGAUCAAAACAACAGAGGAAAGAUUGGUUCCUUCUGAAGAACAAGAUUUCAUAACUCAACCGCCACCAGACACUGAGGCAGUGCCCAUAGAGCAAGUCCAACAAAUGGAAAAAGAUAAAGAAACUCCAGUAGAAACGCCCAAAGACAGUGUUCAGAUUGAGCCGCAAGAGCCGACUUUUGCGGUGUGUGAAAUUCAACCAACAGCACCUCAGGCAGAAAUAGCAAUUGAAAGUGGCGCAACCUCACCAAAAGACAUUGAAACAACUGUUCAAAUUGAGCCACAACAGCUUGAUUUGGUGGUGUGUGAAAAGGAGGAAACACAGCCCGAAACUUUGGCAGUACCAACAGAGCAGAUCCAACAAAUUGAAAAAGAGAAAGAAACUCCAGUAGAAACACCCAAAGACAGUGUUGAGAUUGAGCCGCAAGAGCCGACUUUUGUGGUGUGUGAAAUUCAACCAACAGCACCUCAGGUAGAAAUGGAAAUUGAAUGUGGUGUAACCUCACCAAAAGACAUUGACACAACUGUUCAAAUUGAGCCACAACAGCUGGAUUUGGUGGUAUGUGAAAAGGAGGAAACUCUACCUCGGCCAGAAAUUUCAGAAUUGACACCUAAAGAGGGAAUCCCUGUCUUAGAGGUUGCUCUGUCUGAUCAAUCAGUGAGUCCACCAGUUGAGCGUGAAUUGUUGCCUACAGGUGAGGGUCAAAUGCCGACCACUGAAACACCUGAUGAAACUGAAAUCUCCAAAACCAAACAAAAAGAAGAACAAGAAGACAAGCAAGGACAAGAGUCUUGAGGAAGAGGAAGCACCUUCUGACUUCCAAGAGGUAAAACCUGAUUCUACUGAACCACAGACAGUGAUCAAAACAACAGAGGAAAGAUUGGUUCCUUCUGAAGAACAAGAUUUCAUAACUCAACCGCCACCAGACACUGAGGCAGUGCCCAUAGAGCAAGUCCAACAAAUGGAAAAAGAUAAAGAAACUCCAGUAGAAACGCCCAAAGACAGUGUUCAGAUUGAGCCGCAAGAGCCGACUUUUGCGGUGUGUGAAAUUCAACCAACAGCACCUCAGGCAGAAAUAGCAAUUGAAAGUGGCGCAACCUCACCAAAAGACAUUGAAACAACUGUUCAAAUUGAGCCACAACAGCUUGAUUUGGUGGUGUGUGAAAAGGAGGAAACACAGCCCGAAACUUUGGCAGUACCAACAGAGCAGGUCCAACAAAUUGAAAAAGAGAAAGAAACUCCAGUAGAAACACCCAAAGACAGUGUUGAGAUUGAGCCGCAAGAGCCGACUUUUGUGGUGUGUGAAAUUCAACCAACAGCACCUCAGGUAGAAAUGGAAAUUGAAUGUGGUGUAACCUCACCAAAAGACAUUGAAACAACUGUUCAAAUUGAGCCACAACAGCUGGAUUUGGUGGUAUGUGAAAAGGAGGAAACUCUACCUCGGCCAGAAAUUUCAGAAUUGACACCUAAAGAGGGAAUCCCUGUCUUAGAGGUUGCUCUGUCUGAUCAAUCAGUGAGUCCACCAGUUGAGCGUGAAUUGUUGCCUACAGGUGAGGGUCAAAUGCCGACGACUGAAACACCUGAUGAAACUGAAAUCUCCAAAACCAAACAAAAGAAAAAGACAAGGAAACACAAGAAGACAAGCAAGGACAAGAGUCUUGAGGAAGAGGAAGCACCUUCUGACUUCCAAGAGGUAAAACCUGAUUCUACUGAACCACAGACAGUGAUCAAAACAACAGAGGAAAGAUUGGUUCCUUCUGAAGAACAAGAUUUCAUAACUCAACCGCCACCAGACACUGAGGCAGUGCCCAUAGAGCAAGUCCAACAAAUGGAAAAAGAUAAAGAAACUCCAGUAGAAACGCCCAAAGACAGUGUUCAGAUUGAGCCGCAAGAGCCGACUUUUGCGGUGUGUGAAAUUCAACCAACAGCACCUCAGGCAGAAAUAGCAAUUGAAAGUGGCGCAACCUCACCAAAAGACAUUGAAACAACUGUUCAAAUUGAGCCACAACAGCUUGAUUUGGUGGUGUGUGAAAAGGAGGAAACACAGCCCGAAACUUUGGCAGUACCAACAGAGCAGGUCCAACAAAUUGAAAAAGAGAAAGAAACUCCAGUAGAAACACCCAAAGACAGUGUUGAGAUUGAGCCGCAAGAGCCGACUUUUGUGGUGUGUGAAAUUCAACCAACAGCACCUCAGGUAGAAAUGGAAAUUGAAUGUGGUGUAACCUCACCAAAAGACAUUGAAACAACUGUUCAAAUUGAGCCACAACAGCUGGAUUUGGUGGUAUGUGAAAAGGAGGAAACUCUACCUCGGCCAGAAAUUUCAGAAUUGACACCUAAAGAGGGAAUCCCUGUCUUAGAGGUUGCUCUGUCUGAUCAAUCAGUGAGUCCACCAGUUGAGCGUGAAUUGUUGCCUACAGGUGAGGGUCAAAUGCCGACCACUGAAACACCUGAUGAAACUGAAAUCUCCAAAACCAAACAAAAGAAAAAGACAAGGAAACACAAGAAGACAAGCAAGGACAAGAGUCUUGAGGAAGAGGAAGCACCUUCUGACUUCCAAGAGGUAAAACCUGAUUCUACUGAACCACAGACAGUGAUCAAAACAACAGAGGAAAGAUUGGUUCCUUCUGAAGAACAAGAUUUCAUAACUCAACCGCCACCAGACACUGAGGCAGUGCCCAUAGAGCAAGUCCAACAAAUGGAAAAAGAUAAAGAAACUCCAGUAGAAACGCCCAAAGACAGUGUUCAGAUUGAGCCACAAGAGCCGACUUUUGCGGUGUGUGAAAUUCAACCAACAGCACCUCAGGCAGAAAUAGCAAUUGAAAGUGGCGCAACCUCACCAAAAGACAUUGAAACAACUGUUCAAAUUGAGCCACAACAGCUGGAUUUGGUGGUAUGUGAAAAGGAGGAAACUCUACCUCGGCCAGAAAUUUCAGAAUUGACACCUAAAGAGGGAAUCCCUGUCUUAGAGGUUGCUCUGUCUGAUCAAUCAGUGAGUCCACCAGUUGAGCGUGAAUUGUUGCCUACAGGUGAGGGUCAAAUGCCGACGACUGAAACACCUGAUGAAACUGAAAUCUCCAAAACCAAACAAAAGAAAAAGACAAGGAAACACAAGAAGACAAGCAAGGACAAGAGUCUUGAGGAAGAGGAAGCACCUUCUGACUUCCAAGAGGUAAAACCUGAUUCUACUGAACCACAGACAGUGAUCAAAACAACAGAGGAAAGAUUGGUUCCUUCUGAAGAACAAGAUUUCAUAACUCAACCGCCACCAGACACUGAGGCAGUGCCCAUAGAGCAAGUCCAACAAAUGGAAAAAGAUAAAGAAACUCCAGUAGAAACGCCCAAAGACAGUGUUCAGAUUGAGCCACAAGAGCCGACUUUUGCGGUGUGUGAAAUUCAACCAACAGCACCUCAGGCAGAAAUAGCAAUUGAAAGUGGCGCAACCUCACCAAAAGACAUUGAAACAACUGUUCAAAUUGAGCCACAACAGCUUGAUUUGGUGGUGUGUGAAAAGGAGGAAACACAGCCCGAAACUUUGGCAGUACCAACAGAGCAGAUCCAACAAAUUGAAAAAGAGAAAGAAACUCCAGUAGAAACACCCAAAGACAGUGUUGAGAUUGAGCCGCAAGAGCCGACUUUUGUGGUGUGUGAAAUUCAACCAACAGCACCUCAGGUAGAAAUGGAAAUUGAAUGUGGUGUAACCUCACCAAAAGACAUUGACACAACUGUUCAAAUUGAGCCACAACAGCUGGAUUUGGUGGUAUGUGAAAAGGAGGAAACUCUACCUCGGCCAGAAAUUUCAGAAUUGACACCUAAAGAGGGAAUCCCUGUCUUAGAGGUUGCUCUGUCUGAUCAAUCAGUGAGUCCACCAGUUGAGCGUGAAUUGUUGCCUACAGGUGAGGGUCAAAUGCCGACCACUGAAACACCUGAUGAAACUGAAAUCUCCAAAACCAAACAAAAGAAAAAGACAAGGAAACACAAGAAGACAAGCAAGGACAAGAGUCUUGAGGAAGAGGAAGCACCUUCUGACUUCCAAGAGGUAAACCCUGAUUCUACUGAACCACAGACAGUGAUCAAAACAACAGAGGAAAGAUUGGUUCCUUCUGAAGAACAAGAUUUCAUAACUCAACCGCCACCAGACACUGAGGCAGUGCCCAUAGAGCAAGUCCAACAAAUGGAAAAAGAUAAAGAAACGCCCAAAGACAGUGUUCAGAUUGAGCCGCAAGAGCCGACUUUUGCGGUGUGUGAAAUUCAACCAACAGCACCUCAGGCAGAAAUAGUAAUUGAAAGUGGCGCAACCUCACCAAAAGAAAUUGAAACAACUGUUCAAAUUGAGCCACAACAGCUUGAUUUGGUGGUGUGUGAAAAGGAGGAAACACAGCCCGAAACUUUGGCAGUACCAACAGAGCAGAUCCAACAAAUUGAAAAAGAGAAAGAAACUCCAGUAGAAACACCCAAAGACAGUGUUGAGAUUGAGCCGCAAGAGCCGACUUUUGUGGUGUGUGAAAUUCAACCAACAGCACCUCAGGUAGAAAUGGAAAUUGAAUGUGGUGUAACCUCACCAAAAGACAUUGACACAACUGUUCAAAUAGAGCCACAACAGCUGGAUUUGGUGGUAUGUGAAAAGGAGGAAACUCUACCUCGGCCAGAAAUUUCAGAAUUGACACCUAAAGAGGGAAUCCCUGUCUUAGAGGUUGCUCUGUCUGAUCAAUCAGUGAGUCCACCAGUUGAGCGUGAAUUGUUGCCUACAGGUGAGGGUCAAAUGCCGACCACUGAAACACCUGAUGAAACUGAAAUCUCCAAAACCAAACAAAAGAAAAAGACAAGGAAACACAAGAAGACAAGCAAGGACAAGAGUCUUGAGGAAGAGGAAGCACCUUCUGACUUCCAAGAGGUAAAACCUGAUUCUACUGAACCACAGACAGUGAUCAAAACAACAGAGGAAAGAUUGGUUCCUUCUGAAGAACAAGAUAUCAUAACUCAACCACCGCCAGACACUGAGGCAGUGCCCAUAGAGCAAGUCCAACAAAUGGAAAAAGAUAAAGAAACGCCCAAAGACAGUGUUCAGAUUGAGCCGCAAGAGCCGACUUUUGCGGUGUGUGAAAUUCAACCAACAGCACCUCAGGCAGAAAUAGCAAUUGAAAGUGGCGCAACCUCACCAAAAGACAUUGAAACAACUGUUCAAAUUGAGCCACAACAGCUUGAUUUGGUGGUGUGUGAAAAGGAGGAAACACAGCCCGAAACUUUGGCAGUACCAACAGAGCAGAUCCAACAAAUUGAAAAAGAGAAAGAAACUCCAGUAGAAACACCCAAAGACAGUGUUGAGAUUGAGCCGCAAGAGCCGACUUUUGUGGUGUGUGAAAUUCAACCAACAGCACCUCAGGUAGAAAUGGAAAUUGAAUGUGGUGUAACCUCACCAAAAGACAUUGACACAACUGUUCAAAUUGAGCCACAACAGCUGGAUUUGGUGGUAUGUGAAAAGGAGGAAACUCUACCUCGGCCAGAAAUUUCAGAAUUGACACCUAAAGAGGGAAUCCCUGUCUUAGAGGUUGCUCUGUCUGAUCAAUCAGUGAGUCCACCAGUUGAGCGUGAAUUGUUGCCUACAGGUGAGGGUCAAAUGCCGACGACUGAAACACCUGAUGAAACUGAAAUCUCCAAAACCAAACAAAAGAAAAAGACAAGGAAACACAAGAAGACAAGCAAGGACAAGAGUCUUGAGGAAGAGGAAGCACCUUCUGACUUCCAAGAGGUAAAACCUGAUUCUACUGAACCACAGACAGUGAUCAAAACAACAGAGGAAAGAUUGGUUCCUUCUGAAGAACAAGAUUUCAUAACUCAACCGCCACCAGACACUGAGGCAGUGCCCAUAGAGCAAGUCCAACAAAUGGAAAAAGAUAAAGAAAUGCCCAAAGACAGUGUUCAGAUUGAGCCGCAAGAGCCGACUUUUGCGGUGUGUGAAAUUCAACCAACAGCACCUCAGGCAGAAAUAGCAAUUGAAAGUGGCGCAACCUCACCAAAAGACAUUGAAACAACUGUUCAAAUUGAGCCACAACAGCUUGAUUUGGUGGUGUGUGAAAAGGAGGAAACACAGCCCGAAACUUUGGCAGUACCAACGGAGCAGAUCCAACAAAUUGAAAAAGAGAAAGAAACUCCAGUAGAAACACCCAAAGACAGUGUUGAGAUUGAGCCGCAAGAGCCGACUUUUGCGGUGUGUGAAAUUCAACCAACAGCACCUCAGGCAGAAUUGGUAAUUGAAAGUGGCGCAACCUCACCAAAAGACAUUGAAACAACUGUUCAAAUUGAGCCACAAGAGCUGACAGUGAGUGAGACAGAGGUCUCCAAAAAAGACUCAAGUGCAGAGUUGAAGAUCACAGAAGUUGAUUCACAGCCAUCUUUCAUUGAUCUUGUGAAAGCAGCAGCGCAGGAAAUUACCAAAGGUGUGGAAGAAAUCUUUACCACUGAUUCUGCCAAAACUGAUAAAUUAGAUGAGGAACAAGUGGCCAUUUCUGAGGAUAUAGUUGACCAGUCAAAGUCUCAACGAGAGGAAACAGAAUUGACAGGUGAACCAAAGCCAAAUGUAAUUCAAAUUCAGUCAAAGACAGAAUCAGUAACAAUAAUAACACAGGAGGAUCAACCAACUGAGGAGGAAAAAGAUCAAUCAAAGAAAGAUUCUGUUCAAAUUGAGCCACAACAGCUUGAUUUGGUGGUGUGUGAAAAGGAGGAAACACAGCCCGAAACUUUGGCAGUACCAACAGAGCAGGUCCAACAAAUUGAAAAAGAGAAAGAAACUCCAGUAGAAACACCCAAAGACAGUGUUGAGAUUGAGCCACAAGAGCCGACUUUUGUGGUGUGUGAAAUUCAACCAACAGCACCUCAGGCAGAAAUAGCAAUUGAAAGUGGUGCAACCUCACCAAAAGACAUUGAAACAACUGUUCAAAUUGAGCCACAACAGCUGGAUUUGGUGGUAUGUGAAAAGGAGGAAACUCUACCUCGGCCAGAAAUUUCAGAAUUGACACCUAAAGAGGGAAUCCCUGUCUUAGAGGUUGCUCUGUCUGAUCAAUCAGUGAGUCCACCAGUUGAGCGUGAAUUGUUGCCUACAGGUGAGGGUCAAAUGCCGACCACUGAAACACCUGAUGAAACUGAAAUCUCCAAAACCAAACAAAAGAAAAAGACAAGGAAACACAAGAAGACAAGCAAGGACAAGAGUCUUGAGGAAGAGGAAGCACCUUCUGACUUCCAAGAGGUAAAACCUGAUUCUACUGAACCACAGACAGUGAUCAAAACAACAGAGGAAAGAUUGGUUCCUUCUGAAGAACAAGAUUUCAUAACUCAACCGCCACCAGACACUGAGGCAGUGCCCAUAGAGCAAGUCCAACAAAUGGAAAAAGAUAAAGAAACUCCAGUAGAAACGCCCAAAGACAGUGUUCAGAUUGAGCCGCAAGAGCCGACUUUUGCGGUGUGUGAAAUUCAACCAACAGCACCUCAGGCAGAAAUAGCAAUUGAAAGUGGCGCAACCUCACCAAAAGACAUUGAAACAACUGUUCAAAUUGAGCCACAACAGCUUGAUUUGGUGGUGUGUGAAAAGGAGGAAACACAGCCCGAAACUUUGGCAGUACCAACAGAGCAGAUCCAACAAAUUGAAAAAGAGAAAGAAACUCCAGUAGAAACACCCAAAGACAGUGUUGAGAUUAAGCCGCAAGAGCCGACUUUUGUGGUGUGUGAAAUUCAACCAACAGCACCUCAGGCAGAAACGGAAAUUGAAAGUGGCGCAACCUCACCAAACGACAUUGAAACAACUGUUCAAAUUGAGCCACAACAGCUUGAUUUGGUGGUUUGUGAAAAGGAGGAAACACAGCCCGAAACUUUGGCAGUGCCAACAGAGCAGAUUCAACAAAUUGAAAAAGAGAAAGAAACUCCAGUAGAAACACCCAAAGACAGUGUUGAGAUUGAGCCGCAAGAGCCGACUUUUGUGGUGUGUGAAAUUCAACCAACAGCACCUCAGGUAGAAAUGGAAAUUGAAUGUGGUGUAACCUCACCAAAAGACAUUGACACAACUGUUCAAAUUGAGCCACAACAGCUGGAUUUGGUGGUAUGUGAAAAGGAGGAAACUCUACCUCGGCCAGAAAUUUCAGAAUUGACACCUAAAGAGGGAAUCCCUGUCUUAGAGGUUGCUCUGUCUGAUCAAUCAGUGAGUCCACCAGUUGAGCGUGAAUUGUUGCCUACAGGUGAGGGUCAAAUGCCGACCACUGAAACACCUGAUGAAACUGAAAUCUCCAAAACCAAACAAAAGAAAAAGACAAGGAAACACAAGAAGACAAGCAAGGACAAGAGUCUUGAGGAAGAGGAAGCACCUUCUGACUUCCAAGAGGUAAAACCUGAUUCUACUGAACCACAGACAGUGAUCAAAACAACAGAGGAAAGAUUGGUUCCUUCUGAAGAACAAGAUUUCAUAACUCAACCGCCACCAGACACUGAGGCAGUGCCCAUAGAGCAAGUCCAACAAAUGGAAAAAGAUAAAGAAACGCCCAAAGACAGUGUUCAGAUUGAGCCGCAAGAGCCGACUUUUGCGGUGUGUGAAAUUCAACCAACAGCACCUCAGGCAGAAAUGGCAAUUGAAAGUGGCGCAACCUCACCAAAAGACAUUGAAACAACUGUUCAAAUUGAGCCACAACAGCUUGAUUUGGUGGUGUGUGAAAAGGAGGAAACACAGCCCGAAACUUUGGCAGUACCAACAGAGCAGAUCCAACAAAUUGAAAAAGAGAAAGAAACUCCAGUAGAAACGCCCAAAGACAGUGUUCAGAUUGAGCCGCAAGAGCCGACUUUUGCGGUGUGUGAAAUUCAACCAACAGCACCUCAGGCAGAAUUGGUAAUUGAAAGUGGCGCAACCUCACCAAAAGACAUUGAAACAACUGUUCAAAUUGAGCCACAAGAGCUGACAGUGAGUGAGACAGAGGUCUCCAAAAAAGACUCAAGUGCAGAGUUGAAGAUCACAGAAGUUGAUUCACAGCCAUCUUUCAUUGAUCUUGUGAAAGCAGCAGCGCAGGAAAUUACCAAAGGUGUGGAAGAAAUCUUUACCACUGAUUCUGCCAAAACUGAUAAAUUAGAUGAGGAACAAGUGGCCAUUUCUGAGGAUAUAGUUGACCAGUCAAAGUCUCAACGAGAGGAAACAGAAUUGACAGGUGAACCAAAGCCAAAUGUAAUUCAAAUUCAGUCAAAGACAGAAUCAGUAACAAUAAUAACACAGGAGGAUCAACCAACUGAGGAGGAAAAAGAUCAAUCAAAGAAAGAUUCUGUUCAAAUUGAGCCACAACAGCUUGAUUUGGUGGUGUGUGAAAAGGAGGAAACACAGCCCGAAACUUUGGCAGUACCAACAGAGCAGGUCCAACAAAUUGAAAAAGAGAAAGAAACUCCAGUAGAAACACCCAAAGACAGUGUUGAGAUUGAGCCACAAGAGCCGACUUUUGUGGUGUGUGAAAUUCAACCAACAGCACCUCAGGCAGAAAUAGCAAUUGAAAGUGGUGCAACCUCACCAAAAGACAUUGAAACAACUGUUCAAAUUGAGCCACAACAGCUGGAUUUGAUGGUAUGUGAAAAGGAGGAAACUCUACCUCGGCCAGAAAUUUCAGAAUUGACACCUAAAGAGGGAAUCCCUGUCUUAGAGGUUGCUCUGUCUGAUCAAUCAGUGAGUCCACCAGUUGAGCGUGAAUUGUUGCCUUCAGGCGAUGGUCAAAUACCGACCACUGAAACACCUGAUGAAACUGAAAUCUCCAAAACCAAACAAAAGAAAAAGACAAGGAAACACAAGAAGACAAGCAAGGACAAGAGUCUUGAGGAAGAGGAAGCACCUUCUGACUUCCAAGAGGUAAAACCUGAUUCUACUGAACCACAGACAGUGAUCAAAACAACAGAGGAAAGAUUGGUUCCUUCUGAAGAACAAGAUUUCAUAACUCAACCGCCACCAGACACUGAGGCAGUGCCCAUAGAGCAAGUCCAACAAAUGGAAAAAGAUAAAGAAACUCCAGUAGAAACGCCCAAAGACAGUGUUCAGAUUGAGCCGCAAGAGCCGACUUUUGCGGUGUGUGAAAUUCAACCAACAGCACCUCAGGCAGAAAUAGCAAUUGAAAGUGGCGCAACCUCACCAAAAGACAUUGAAACAACUGUUCAAAUUGAGCCACAACAGCUUGAUUUGGUGGUGUGUGAAAAGGAGGAAACACAGCCCGAAACUUUGGCAGUACCAACAGAGCAGAUCCAACAAAUUGAAAAAGAGAAAGAAACUCCAGUAGAAACACCCAAAGACAGUGUUGAGAUUAAGCCGCAAGAGCCGACUUUUGUGGUGUGUGAAAUUCAACCAACAGCACCUCAGGCAGAAACGGAAAUUGAAUGUGGUGUAACCUCACCAAAAGACGUUGACACAACUGUUCAAAUUGAGCCACAACAGCUGGAUUUGGUGGUAUGUGAAAAGGAGGAAACUCUACCUCGGCCAGAAAUUUCAGAAUUGACACCUAAAGAGGGAAUCCCUGUCUUAGAGGUUGCUCUGUCUGAUCAAUCAGUGAGUCCACCAGUUGAGCGUGAAUUGUUGCCUACAGGUGAGGGUCAAAUGCCGACCACUGAAACACCUGAUGAAACUGAAAUCUCCAAAACCAAACAAAAGAAAAAGACAAGGAAACACAAGAAGACAAGCAAGGACAAGAGUCUUGAGGAAGAGGAAGCACCUUCUGACUUCCAAGAGGUAAAACCUGAUUCUACUGAACCACAGACAGUGAUCAAAACAACAGAGGAAAGAUUGGUUCCUUCUGAAGAACAAGAUAUCAUAACUCAACCGCUGUCAGACACUGAGGCAGUGCCCAUAGUGCAAGUCCAACAAAUGGAAAAAGAAACUCCAGUAGAAACGCCCAAAGACGGUGUCCAGAUUGAGCCGCAAGAGCCGACUUUUGUGGUGUCUGACAUUCAACCAACAGCACCUCAGGCAGAAAUGGAUAUUGAAAGUGGUGUAACCUCACCAAAAGACAUUGAAAGAACUGUUCAAAUUGAGCCACAACUGCUGGAUUUGAUAGUUUGUGAAAAGGAGGAAUCUCAGCCCGAAGGUUUGGCAAUUCCAACAGAGCAGAUCCAACAAAUUGAAAAAGAGAAAGAAACUCCACUGAAAACACCCAAAGACAGUGUUCACAUUGAGUCCCAAGACCCAACUUUGAUUGUGUGUGAAAUUCAACCAACAGCACCUCAGGUAGAAAUGGCAAUUGAAAGUUACAUAACCUCACCAAAAGACAUUGAAACAACUGUUCAAAUUGAGCCACAAGAGCUGACAGUGAGUAAGACAGAGGUCUCCAAAAAAGACUCAAGUGCAGAGUUGAAGAUCACAGAAGUUGAUUCACAGCCAUCUUUCAUUGAUCUUGUGAAAGCAGCAGCGCAGGAAAUUACCAAAGGUGUGGAAGAAAUCUUUACCACUGAUUCUGCCAAAACUAUUAAAUUAGAUGAGGAACAAGAGGCCAUUUCUGAGGAUAUAGUUGACCAGUCAAAGUCUCAACGAGAGGAAACAGAAUUGACAGGUGAACCAAAGCCAAAUGUAAUUCAAAUUCAGUCAGAGACUGAAACAGUAACAGUAAUAACACAGGAGGGUCAACCAACUGAGGAGGAAAAAGAUCAAUCAAAGAAAGAUUCUGUUCAAAUGGAGCCACAACAGCUUGAUUUGGUGGUGUGUGAAAAGGAGGAAACACAGCCCAAAACUUUGGCAGUACCAACAGAGCUGGUCCAACAAAUUGAAAAAGAGAUAGAAACUCCACUGGAAACGUCCAAAGACAGUGUUCAGAUUGAGUCCCAAGACCCAAUUUUGAUGGUGUGUGAAAUUCAACCAACAGCAUCUCAGGCAGAAAUGGAAAUUGAUAGUGGCGUACCAUUAGCAAAAGACAUUCAAACAACUGUUAAAAUUGAGCCACAACAGCUGGAUUUGGUGGUGUGUGACAAGGAGGAAACUCUACCUCAGCUAGAAGCUGUGACAUUGACAACACAGCAGAUCCAAAUAAUUGAAAAAGAGAAAGAAACUCUAAUGGAUACUCCCAAAGUAGAUGUUCAGAUUGAGCCCGAAGAGCUAACUUUGGUGGUGUAUGAAAUACAGCCACCAGCAGCCGACACAGAAAUUGACAGUGAUUUACCAUUACCAAAGGACAUUGAAACAACUGUUCAAAUUGAACCACAAAAUUUGAAUUUGGUGGUAUGUGAAAAGGAGGAAACUCUACCUCGGCCAGAAAUUACAGAAUUUACACCUAAAGAAGGAAUCCCUGUCUUAGAGGUUGCUCUGUCUGAUCAGUCAGUGAGUCCACCAGUUGAGGGUGAAUUGUUGCCUUCAUGCGAGGGUAAAAUGCCGACCACAGAAACACUUGAUAAAUCUGAAGUCUCCAAAACCAAACAAAAUAAAAAGACAAGGAAACAAAAGAAGACAAGCAAGGACAAAAGUCUUGAGGAGGAGGAAGCACCUUCUGACUUCCAAGAGGUAAAACCUGAUUCUACUGAACCACAGACAGUGAUCAAAACAACAGAGGAAAGAUUGGUUCCUUCUGAAGAACGAGAUAUCAAAACUCAAUCUCCUUCAGCAAUUGGCGCAGUGCCAACAGAGCAAGUCCAACAAAUGGAAAACGAAAAAGAAACUCUAGUGGAAACGCCAGAAGACAGUGUUCAGGUUAAGUCCCAAGAGCCGACUUUGGUGGUGUGUGAAAUUCAACCAACAGCACCUCAGGCAGAAAUGGCAAUUGAUAGUGAGGUAUCAUUACCAGUAGACAUUGAAACUACUUUUCAAAUUGAGCCACAACAGCUUGCUCUGACCGUUUGUGACAAGUAUGAAACUGAAACUAUGCCAGAAUUUUCAGAAGUGACACCUAUGGAAGCAGUGUUUCCCUUGGAAGUUACUCUGUCUGAUGAUUCAGUCAGUGCAGUAGUUGAACAAGGUGUAAUGUUUCAACUUCAUCCAGAAAAUGUAUCAUUGGCAACAAGGCAAGAACAACAAUUUAAAAAAGAGGGUACAAAAGAAACUACUGACAAUGUUAGUGAAGAAGCAGUCUCCAAAAUGAAAACAGUUGUAGGUCUUAAGGUUUUUGAAAUUAAGAAGCAGCAUAUGUUUAUUGAUCUCAUAAAAGAAGCAGUGCAAGAAAUUACAAAAGGUGUGGAAGCAAUUUUUGCAGAUGAUCAUCCCAAAAGUCAAAUACUUGCUCCUGAAGGCUCUGCUAAUUUGGUUGAUAAUGUUGACUUAGGUAUAAUUGUAACUGAACAAACAGCAGGUAAGAAUACUGAUCAGUUAGGUAGUGAAAACAACAUAGAUUUUGCUGAUUUCCAGCCACUCGACCCAAACAACGAUGUAGAUCAAAUUGACCAAACUGACAAUUAUGACCAGAUAAAAUGGAAUGUAGAUAUAGAACUUGAUCAGACUCCUAAAGAAAAGCACUUUGAGGUAUCUAGCUCUAGGGUUAGUGAAGAAAAGGUACCUGAAGUUUCAAAAGUAGAAGGCACGGAGCUUGAGUGGGUAAAAAUGCAUGAUGAUUUGCAUGUUGUUCAAUCUGACACCGCCGAACUGCCACAUCACCAAGCACAAGCUAUCUCAACCCUAGACAUAGACACAACAGACCACAUUGAAUUUAUGCUAGAUGUUUUAAUGGAUAAGAGUAAUAUGCAAGAGACUCAUGUUGAAUUGCAGGUUGAUAAAACUAAUGAAAUUCAACAAGAGGAGUCAGAAAUGAAAGAAAAGCACGUAGUGACAAUGGAUCCAGAGGUUAAGCAAGUGCAUGUAGAUUUGCAUGGAGACAGUCAAUUUAAGCCUGAAGAUGAGAAGCAAGAUAUUGGCGAUGCAAGCCAGGUUGGUGAGCUGCAAGAUUCAAAAGUGACAGAAGACAUGCUUUCUGACUUGCAGGUUGAAGAAAGCAAGAAACUAGAUGUCUUGGAAAACACCAAAAUGAUACAAAUUAGCAAACCAGUAAAGAUGCUGCAAGAUCAUUGGGAAGACUUGGAGAAGGAGAGGAAAAUGCUUGAAGUUGACACAGCAUCUCAAGAAUCACAAGAAGCCCUUUUGAAGAGGGAGGAGGCUGUAGAGUCAACAACAUCAAACAUCAAGGUAGGACUAAAAACCUCUACUGAAGAUGAACAAAACAAGAUUUUAGAUGAAACAAGCCAAGAUGAUGCUACAAAAACAACUUGCAAAGACCAAGAAGCAAUAAUUCAAGAAACACUUGUUGGAGACACAGUAAUCGGGCAAGUUCCUCAAAGUUUGGAAAACAUUACUGCUGCAUUAGACAAAUCUGAAGUGUCUGUAUUUGAGAUAGACACUCAAAUAGAAGAAACUAUUACCAUCACAACUGAACAACUUCAGAAACGUAGUACUGACCAGACAAGUCCCAAUAGAAGAUUGUCUGAGGAGAUCACAACAGUUGAAGUCCAGGAGCCCACAUCUUUAGUUUUUGCAGUGAAGCCCCAUGAACUUGCUGCAACUUUCGCACAAAUUAGUUUAUCUGAAAUAGACACAAUGGAGCCAGGGGAGACCGAAAUUAGGGUGAAAAUUCUCAAAACAACCAAAGAUGCUGAAGCAGCUGAAGAUGAGAUCGCAACAGAGGAGAAAAAGUCGCCAGUUUGCUAUCUACAAGUAGAUAUACCCAAAAGCCAAGAAGAAAAUGAAAAUGUGUUUGUCACUAUAGUCAAAGAACCACAGAUUGACAUUGAAACUAGCAUUCAAAGCACAGAUGAAGAUACUCUUGGUGAGGCUGUAGCCAAGACAAUUAAAAUUGAAGUGCAAGGUAGUAGGCCAGAGAUCGAAGACAAGGUUCAAAAUGAAGCUGUUAUAUUGCUACCUGAAGAACCAUAUAAAAUUAAGACAGAUGUUGUUGAAAUUAGUUUAUAUGAACAAGGAUUACAGAAGACACAAAAGGAACCUGAAGUGCGAGUGAUUACAACGACAACUGAGACAAGAGUUGAAGAAAAUGUCUUGGAAUUUGAGCCAAAGCUCGAGGUAACUGGAGUUGAGGAAUGUGUCCCUGUUGAAUUGGACAAGAUUGUAGAUAUCAAGCAAAUUAUUAGUCCAACUGAAACAAAGUCUGAAGAAACUGAGCAACACAAAUUUAAUAUUGAAACUGAACCAAGUGAACUGUCUGACCAAGAAAUAACAUCGCAAGACCAAGUACCAACACAAGAAGAUACAAUUGGAGAAUCAGUUGGUUCUGCUGAUAUGGGACAACCAGACAGUGGCAUAAGAGUUGCAGAAGCUGUCAAAAUGCAUGCACAAGAGAAGCCAAAACAAGCUAUAGAAGAACAGACAACUAUUAAGGUUCAAGAAAUCCAACCACAUAAAUCAUUCAUUGAGCUGAUGAAGGAAGCGGCUAGAGAAAUUACAAUAGGUGUGGAAAGCAUUGUUACAGGUGUCACACCCAAAACUCAAACAUCUGUAGAGCAAGUACCAGAUAGUUCAGAACUAGUAAAUAAAGAAUCUGAAUUGACCCCAUAUUCUGGAAUACAACUAGUAAGCAAAACUAACGAAACUGAUAAUGAACAAAUUGCCACAAAAACACCAUUAUUGGAAGAAGGUGAUGCUGAUAAGCCCACUUAUUCACUUGAAGUUAAAAAGCACCCAGGAACAGAUGAUGCUAAACAAGAAAACAUACAGCAAGAUGUCCCUACAGAAGGUGUGAAAGAAACAGUCAAUAUUUAUCAAGACCAAAAAAUAACAGAGGAGCAACAGCAAUUUAAACCAAGUAAAAUGGAAGAACCCAUUCAAGACACUAAGCCAGUGCAAGAAAAGUCUUUUGUGGUCAUGAUGAGAGUUGCUGCAGAACAACUUCAGAAAGAAAAUGCUCAAAUAGAACAGCUCAAUAUGGGAAUGCAAGACGAGGGAGAUGAUGCACAUGGAGAAGUAUUUGUCAAAGAAGAAUUAGCAAUUUUGCAGCCAGGAUUGCAAGAAACAAAGCCAAAAAUAUUGCCUGAUGUUCAAAUGCAUCUAGCAGAUGAAGAAAAAGAUCUUGUCAAAGAGGUUCCUGAAAUUUCACAGAGGCGCAUAAAAAGACGAGAAAGUAUAGGUAUCAUUGAAGAUCCAGGUGUGAGUCCAACUGAAGUUGUCCAAACUUUCACCGAUAUUCUGACAGCAACACAGCUUCAACCUACUCAAAAGAUUGAAUCCACAAAAGUCAUACCAUCUAAGUCAAAGACAACAGUAUUUGAGACCGCUGUGAAGAAAGAGAAAGUGCCUGUUUUACAAGGAGAGCGCAGAGAGUCAGUUGAAGAUGAACCAACGAAAAAACAAAUUUAUGUAGACUUUGGAUCGGAAAGAAUUGAGGAGGAUACCAAACCACGAAUGGAAGACUGGCAUGGACAGCUAAGCACUGAAAAUCGAGAUCGAGAUGCAAGUGACACAAUUCAAGCCUCAUUUGAUGUCUUGCCAAAUGUAGAACCACAAGAGGCUCAGUCAUCUAAAGUAUUAUCAUCUGUAGUUGUUGAUACCGUUAACGAAAUGGUUCAAACUACUAUUAGGGAAGUUACAACUUUGAUUUCGAGGCCUGACAUAGUAAAGGAAACUAUAAAGACUACCCAAAAAGAGCAAAGUGCCGACAGUACUGGAGAUCAAGAUGAAUUGGAAAGUGUGCCACUGGUAGAACAAGCAACAGAAAUGGUCAAAUUGAGUUCUAGGAUGCAAGAAGAAGCAACAAGUGAAACCAUCCAAAUCUCUAUUGAUCCCGAAGAGACUGAUGUAAAAACAUCUGCCUUAAAUGCACUUAAACUUGUUGAGACGAGUAUUACUUCAGCAACUGUCCAGCAAGACCAAGAAGUUGGUGUACCUGUCCAAACUUCGCUGGAUACUGUGCAAAAAGACAUUGAACCAACAAAAAUUAGUACAACUUAUGCCCUUGAAACUACUGUUACUAUACCUGAAACGGUGUUGUCAGGCACCAAAGAAAAUGACCAAGAAGCUAUGGUUGAAAUUGUCAAACCUUCUGUUGAAACUACAGCCACAACUGAGUUUGAAGAAUCUAAAUUAGCCAGGAAAUUUGCAUUUGAAGCACUAGAAAUGGUUGAAACUGCAUGUGUGACUCCAGAAUCUGAACAGCCUAGUACAAAAACACAAGAAAGGGAUACAAAAACUGGAACUAUCAAGGAUUUAUCUGCAUUGAAAGCAGAAGAAUCCAUUAGUACACCUAAAAUUGAACAAAUAGCUUUUCUGAAGCAAGAGCAAGAACCUUCUCUAGAUGUUUUGACCACCACAGAAGCAGAAUCAACAAGUGCCGUACCAUCAGAUCUCCUAGAUGCUGCUAAAUCAGUAGUUACAACUAUGAUGUUAGAGCCUGAAAAAGAACAUGAGAAAAACAUUCAAAUUUCCUCUGAUAAUUUGGAUAAUUUAACUACAGAGAAACAACUUGAGCCACAUGAAGUUGGAUCUAGUAGCAAUGCAAUUUUUGAGACUUGCCCUCAAUUACAAAAUGCUACAGUUAAACCACUCAUCGUGACAAAAGACAAGCCUGAGAACAGAGACAAAACGGAAGCUGAUAUGCUAGAUAUUGUUAUCAUAGAGCAUGAAGAUUACAUAGAAUCUGUACUGUCCACUGAACCCAAAACAAAGACAGAUGAAUCUGAUAGUCCAGCAACAGAAGAGGCAAAAGAACUGACAAUAUUGUUAACGUCGGAACCACCUGCCAAAUCUGAAGUGCUUGAAAUCCCAAAACAAACCUCAAAGAUGCAAGAAGUUGAUAAAUCUAGUGAUAUUGAAAAGUCUGAUGAUCAAAUUGUGGAGGAUGAAGUCCAUGGAAAAGGUUGGACCUCAAAACCAGAAAUAGACACAGUUACAGAGACGAUAGUGACAGUAAAAACAAAACAAGAACCAUUUGAGAGUGAACCUGAUUUUAGUCUACUAAGAACAGAAGAGACACAAGAGGCUGAAUUGACAAUAAUGUUAACGUCUGAACCACCUGCCACUGAACAAACGGAAUUGAAAUUCCAGGUGCUUAAAAUCCCAAUAGAACUCUCAAAGAUGCAAACACUUGAGGAAUCUAGUGAUAUUGAAAAGUCUGAGGAGGCUGGAGUCAAUGUAAAAGAUUGGGAACAGCCUCAACCACCAAAAUCAGAAAUUGCUUCUACCAUUGCUUCUACAGGAUUGGAAAGCAAAUUGGAUGUGAUAGAACCAGCUGCAUCAACUGCAACUUCAGAGCAAGAAUUAGAUGUUGCACAACCAGACCAGUUGGCUCCAAGUGUGUCUUCUCAAAUUGAAGAUACAGCAGUAGUUGUAUAUGAAACAAUUACAGAGACAAUAGUGAAAGUAAAACCUCAAGAAAGAAUAAAACUAGAAGCUAUUCCUUUUGAGAGUGAACCUGAAUUUGAAAAAAUGCAAACACAGGAGGUUGUGCAAGAACCAUCUCAUGAUGUUGCUAUUGAAAAAUACACCGAACCAAGUUUGGAUGACCAAAUUGAGCAAGAAAUGCAAGAACAAGAAGGAGCAAAGAAAAUAGUGACCCCGACAACCACCAGUGCAGGUGAAACGCACAGCCAGGAAGAGGAAACAGCCCAGGAAACAUGGGAGAUCGUUGAUGAAUCUUUAGUUGAAACUGAAGGUGUCGAAGAAGAAGUUUGGGAGGAACCAAAAGAAUCCAAGUUGAGGGACAUUUUCUUAGAGAUAAACCUCCUUUCGGAAUCUGGACCAAGCUGCCAACUUCUCAAGGUGGAGGAAAGCCCAGAGACUCAUUUCACCUGCACCAGACCAGCUCCAGAGCAGGACAGAAUGAACCAACUCCUCUGCAAAGUCCUGGUGUGCAAGAACCAGUCUGCAAUGCUGAGUCCAACCGAUGUGGAACAUCAGCUCAAAGAGGCUAAGGAGUGCAGAGAGGCAGCUGUGGCUCAGGUGUCCCUCCUCUCUGAGCAGAGAAGAGGGGGAGAGAUAAGCUCGCAGGCCUCAGAGCUCGUGGAGGAUCAGUGGAGAUGCUCCGUCCAGGACUUAGACUUAGUUAUAGAGAAGAAAGAGGCUGAACUAGAUCUGGUGUCUAACUACACCAAAAAACUGGAGGAGGCCAAAGCCACUUUGGCAGAACUAAGGAGCGAGCUGGACACUGCUACAGAGUCUCCAGGUGAAAGUUGUUCUGAAGAGGCAGAACGUCUCAGCUCUUUACAGAGGACUUUGGAGAAGAGACGAACCAUACUCAACCAACUGAUCAUAAUCUACAGAAAACUAUACAUUAUUUUCCCCAAAUCUGAGAGGGCUGCUGCUCAAAACGACAUAAAAAAUUUGCAAAACCAAUGGACACUAGUUGAAAAGAACACUGAAAAAUCACUGUACCACAAAAAUGCAAUUUCCUACGAGACAGACAGCAUCAAGACAGAGAUGACCAAUUUGCAGGGACAACUAGAAGAUAUUGCUGAAAAGCUUGAUAAAAUUGAAAAUGAAGAGUGGCUAUGCGACGAAACACAACAGCUAAUUAUUUUGAAUGCAGACCUUAGUGCUGCAAAUGAAAAAUACUGCCAUUUGAAAGACCGUGUUGAAGAAAUCCUACCUAACUCACAAUGGGAAAGUGACACUAAAGAAAUUCAAGAUGGCAUCCAAGGAGUUGAAAAUAAACUUGGACAAAUUGAGAAUACAAUAUGUUCCCAAACCAAAAUUAGCAGUAAUCCGAUUAUGGAGAAGAUUGUUGCUGUACUAAGAGAUGCAUUUGCUUGGGCCAAAAAGACAGAAACAGACAUUGAAAGUAGACAAAAGAGGGUAUCAUUGCUUCCUGAACAGGUCCACCAUCAACUAAGAGACCUAAAGAAGCUACAAUCUGAAGUAAUAUCCAAACAAGGCCAGUUGGAGGCACUAGUGGACGAAGUGAAUGAACUUUUACCACAACUUGAUGAAGAACAAGAGGUCCCAAUGAUCAACACGUCUUUUAAAUCUUUGGAAGAAUUGUCCAAGUUGACGACUGAAAAGUUAGUCAAAGCUAUAAGGGAAACAGAGUCAGGGUUGCAAACCAGAGAGAAGCUAUCCCAACAAAUUGCAGAUUUAGACGCAUGGAUUAUGUCCUAUUUGAACAAAGAAUCUGUUUGCAGUUCUGAAACGGCAAUGGCCAUACCAGAAUUGGAACGCCAGGCAAGAAAGACCCAAGAAACGAUGGAUGAAGCUGAAAAACAAGCCAAAAUUUGUGAAGCACUUUUGGUAAAGUCUAAAGAAAUUGCACCCGAGCUUAGCAUUGCAGAGAAUUGCCAGCUAUUUAACAGGCUUACAACCCUCCAAGAUGACAUAGAUGAUAUUAUCGAAAAGGAAAAUGUGAACAAGCACGAGGUGGAGGAAUGCAUCAAAAUGGUAGAAUCUAGCAAGCAAAAGUUAGUUCCAAUUGAAAAGAGUGUAAGACACAUGCUUGUUGAUUUGACUCGACCAAAAUUCCCGAUAACAAGCAAAUCCCUACAAGCAUUGCAACCGCUGAAAAACACUCUAUCUGAACAUAAAUCUCAAGUCGAACGUUUGGAGCAAUGGUUACCUCUAGAAAAAUCCAAAGAAAUUCAAGGUUUAAUCGGUGAUCUUGAAAACAAAAUGCUCACCAUGGAACCCAAAGCGACCGAUCAUGAGUUGUACCUAAGUUUGAGGAAGGUCUUGGAGGAGUUGAAGGAGAGUAUGAAAGACCAAGUUCCAAAAGCUAAAGACGAAACAAAAGAUAUUGAAAAAUACAAGAAAUGCCAAAGUUUGCUGGUACACUUUCCUGUGAUAAAUGUGCUUUGCCAAGAAGUUAGAUCAAAAUUGCAAGACAUUUCAAUGGAUCUUUACCCAUCGCAGUUGAGUGCAGAACAACUAAGGAUAAAACAGACAGAAGAGACUCUAAAUACAAUGGAAACGUCACUAGACAAUACUUUGACGAUCAUUGAAGGCAAUUUGAUGAAAAGUAUGGAUUUGGGAAUAGAAACUAAAGCAUCUAUAGCCUUUUUGAAGAAUAUAAACAAACAUUUGAACAAAAAGUUGGCAGUAAAGCUGACGAAAGCAGAUGUGGACAGAGAAUACGCGAGGAUUUUAACCCUGAGGAGGACAGUGGAGAUGAGAAUAAGAGCCUGGGAGGUGCUCAAGCUGAAGUCAAGCAAGAAAGAGCCAGGAGCAGAGGAUCUAAUCAAACUGAAGAAGGAGGUUCUGCAAGAGUGUGACGCACAGCUGGAGAGCAUCACUGAGGCCAAACAGUCUUUGAGAUCCUACAUUGUCUCUGUGAGAAGAGUCAUCCUCCUUUUCCUCCACUUCGAACUCCCCUUACGGUACUGCUUUGGACCUCGCGGACUCUGCUCUGAGCGAUCGGACCAGAUCCACAGGUCUAUGGACUCUCUGGACCAGGACUUCCAGAAGCUUGUGGACCAACUCAAGACCUGCUUCCCACCAAACCGCCUCCUGUCCUCCUCCGCUGUGACAGAGCUCCAGGAGAAGACCCUGAGUCAGCUGCUGGUCAUGAUGGCCACAGUGAAGGCGAGGGGGCAGAUGGAGCUGGACAAACUCAACAGCUGUGUGGAGCAGUACAAUCAUUUCUGUGAGCUCUGUGACGAUAUCACCCAGAGACUGGAGAGAGCAGAGGAGAGUGCGAAUGGGCUAAUGUCCCAGAAAGUCACCUGUCUGAGACACUUCUCCCAACAACAGGAACAACUCAAGUCCCUUUGCUCAGAGGUGGACUCCCUGCAGAAAUCCCUGUCCGAUCUGAGGGAGUGGUGUACAGAACCGAGCUGCAGUCGGCACAGAGAAACAAUGGUGGCCAUUUUGUUUGCGAGAGUCUGGAGACUGAGACGCUGCUCCAGGAAACUGAGCUCCAGAUGUGAACAGAGGAUUGCCGAGUGGAGCCACAUCGCCGACAGUGUGGAGAAGGCAGAGUCAGUCCUAUCGCAGGUGGAGGCGGAGCUGCCCUCCUUCUCCGCCCUGAGGAGUGGCACAGAAGAGCUUCAUGAUGCGGUCCAGUCCUGGGAGCAGUACCAGGACCGACUGGACUGUGAACACCGUGCUCUCUCCGCUCUAGAGCUCAGAGUUGCACGUCUGCUCGGAGUCCCCGCCCACCUGGAACAAGCCCCACCCACACCCCUCUGUCAGCAACUACAGGCCAUGCAAACCAGAUACAACAGUGUGAGUAAGUGCAGCAGUGUGGGCCUGGCCUCCUCUCGCUUAGAACUGGAGGAAAGAGAGAGAAACCGAGUGGAGCUGCAGAGGCUGAAGAUUUGGCUGGAGGCUGCAGACCACCUGCUGUCAGAGCCUGAGACCGGCAACGCCCAUGAGAUACAGGAGGCACUUCUCCAUCUGUUUACCCAGAAGGCUUUGCUGCAGCAGAUCACAAACUCUAUACAAACAAAGUACUCAGAGCCAGACUGUGUGGUUCCGGGUGAGAUUGAGGUUCUGCUGCAGGACACCAGGCAGAUCAUGCAACAAGUCGAACCAAAGGUGAAUGACGCUGUGGAGAAGAGUGGUCCCGUUUACAGACUCGGGGCCAAAUUGUCAGAGAUCCAGUCUGGACUUCACUCACUUCAGAAGAGACUGGACCAGAAGAGCCCCACUGCAGCCGAGGCCAAGGUCACUCAGAAGCGUGUUUGGGAUGAGCUGGAUGUAUGGCACUCCUGUCUGGCUGCUCUAGAGGCAGAGGUGCAGGACCUGGAGAAACCAGAGGAGGCGCUAGUGCUCAUGGAGCGACUGGUGGAGGUUCAACAGAUUCACGCACAGCUGGCCAAACAGGCGGAGCAGAGGACCACACUGCUCAGCAAGAUCCACACGUGGCUCCAGGAGCAUCAGGAGAUGAUCAACAGCUCCAAGAGCUGGAUCAAUGAGGCCAAAACGUGGCUCGCUGCUCCAGCCACUUAUACCACCGCCAAGUGUCUGAGCAGCCACGUGCACGCCCUUCAGGUGGUGCUGGGCGACUCGGCGCAGAUCCGCUCCACUCUUCAGGGCUUCAGUCUGGUCCUGGAGGAGAUGUCUCAGGUCUGUGAUGUCAGCUCUCUGAAGCUCGAGCUCCAGGAAGCCGACCGAGAGGUGGCGCAAGUGCAAGACAGUUUCACCGCUCCUCUGUCCAAACUGCAACAUGCUGCUUCUGAGGUUGAGACCAUUGAAGCCGAGGUGAAGAAAAUGGAGAACGACGUGGCUGAAAUCAAACUGCUCCUGGCCUCUCCUGAGAGUUUACCCAGCCCCAAAGUGCGGAGACUCAAGAUUGUGGAGCAGAAGAUCCAGGCGAUGCAAAGGACCAUAGACGAGGUGCAGAGAAACAAACCUCACCUGGAUCUGCCGGAGAAGGCUGAGGAGACCCUGACUGUGUUCACUGUGGUGAACCACCUGCAGGUUCUGCUACAAGAACUACAGAAGAAAGUGCCAGCUCUGUUCAUCCCACAGCCUGACCAACCCCGACAGUCUCCAUUGCUGCCUCGACCCGAGAAAACUACAUCUGAGGAGAAGGAGGAGGGAGAGAUCCAGAUAGUUCAUGUGAAGGAGGAUGUUUUGAAGAGUUCAGGAGCAGAGCUGCUGACUGUGGAAAAGUCAACCCCAGAACAGAGGACGACCCCAGAACAGAGGACGACCCCUACUCCACCAGAUACAACCCCUACUCCACCAGAUACAACCUCUACUCCACCAGAUACAACCUCUACUCCACCAGAUACAACCUCUACUCCACCAGAUACAACCUCUACUCCACCAGAUACAACCUCUACUCCACCAGAUACAACCUCUACUCCACCAGAUACAACCUCUACUCCACCAGAGCCUGAGUCGCCUCCAGGAAGCCCGUACAGGGUGUUUGGUUUAUUGUGGUGGAUGUGGGACCUUUUCCUGGGCGCAGCUCCUCAGGAGCCAGAGGUCGACAUCUCUGAAGACGUCCCACCCGAUGCAUCGCAAACUGAAGAGGAAAAGGAGGCUGAAUCCGAGGACGCUGGUUCGAUCCCCGUCCCGUCCACCGGAGAGGACACCCCGGUAUCCCCCUCCCCCAGCGAAUCCUCCUCCAAAUCCGGCCGAUGCGUAGUGUCCUAGGCCUAAAAGCCGCCGCAAACCAUCACUAGAGACGCUACUGUCGUUACUUACGGACUUUUAUUUUGCACUAUGUUUAACGUUGCCAAAGAUAUUUACACUGUUGUCUAUAAAGUUGUCAUAUUUUUGUUUUUGUAAUCGCCAAUAAAUCAACAAUUAACGGUUAUUUAGGGCUGCGAAUUGGCGUCUUACGCAGCACCAACGUGGUUAACCCUUUAGUUUAGACAAAUACAAACAAGUUCCAAAAUGUCCCUUUGCCUCAGAUGCCCUCCCUGCGUCUCCAUGAGGACUUAUUCUGCAUAAAAGAUCUCUACAAACAUGUUCUUAAAUGCAUGGGAUUCUUGGACUAGUUUCACAGUUUGUCUCCUCUCAAAUGUUACAAAACGCUUUUUUAACAACAAAACAAACAAACAACAAACAAAAAUAAUCAUACUCUACGGCAACAGUGUAAAGAAACGUACUCGACGAAUGAAUGAAUGAAUGCAUUUUUGAAUGUCAGUAUUUUGAACCUGUUACAUUUUAAGCCUCCUGCAAAGACUAAAGACUAUAAUAUAUUUUGACUUUGCAUGAGAAUGACAAUUAUAAUGUAUAAUUUAGAGACGACUAAUAUAUAUGUGGAAAAACUAUCUUAAACAACCGAUUAAGACUUGUACAUGUUAAGUAUAAUAUAUGGAAUUACUACAGUAAACUACUGAAAUGUCCUUUCAAAUGUGUACAAGGCAGAAUCGCUCACAAUGAAGUGUCUUGACAAACGGUUUCUACUUUUUCUGGUUGGACCCCCAUCGUAUCACAAAUAUAUAUUUUUGUGGAUUUUUAAACUAAUGAUUUACAAGAAUCUAAAGUUUAAAAGUGCAGUUACAAUUUUGUCGUUAUAUUAUUGUUAACAAAAUAAAUGCAACGAUUCAGCGAUGUUUUAAAGUGCAUUUGACAGAUUAGAGAUUAUAUUACAGAUUAGAUUAUAGAUUAGAUUACAGAUUCGAUUACAGAUUAUGAUUAUAGAUUAGAUUACAGAUUCGAUUACAGAUUAUGAUUAUAGAUUAUGAUUACAGAUUAGAUUAUAGAUUAGAUUAUAAAUUAGAUUACAGACUAGAUUACAGACUACAUUAUAGAUUAGAUUACAGAUUAAAUUAUAGACUAGAUUACAGAUUAGAUAAUGGAUUACAUUACAGACUAGAUUAUAGACCACAUUAUAGAUUCGAUUACAGAUUAAAUUAUAGAUUAUGAUUACAGAUUAGAUUAUAAAUUAGAUUACAGACAUUAUAGAUUAGAUUACAGAUUAGAUAAUAGAUUACAUUACAGACUAAAUUAUAGACUACAUUAUAGAUUAGAUUACAGAUUAAAUUAUAGAUUAGAUUACAGAUUAGAAAACAAAAAAUUGAAAAAAAAACAGGAAGUAGUGCCGAGUUCUUAAAACACAAUCCCUCAGCUCACUUCAGUCCCAUGUCAUGUAUUUUUAUGAGUCUAAUCAUAACUACCGUGUCAUUUUGGGUAUGAUCUUAAACCUAAUGCUCUAAUCUGUCAUAUGGAUUUUCAUUUUUGGGUCCUCGGUCGCCAGACGAGAGUCACGGCUCAAGACCAUUCAUACAAAUAUUUUUCACGUACAGAUUUUGCCUUGUUGUGACUAAAUAUGUCUACUCCUUCGUACAUAAAACUCCUGAGAACUCUUUUAACGUCUAUGGCCCGUGUUGUAAUUAUAACUCAAUUCAACGUACACAGUGUAACGCAACAACUUGGGCCCGAAAAUGUCACUUUUUUUUUUCAAUCUUUAAUUUCUACAGCUCCCUGCGAACACGAGUAUUCCGAUGUUAAACGUAAAAUAUAUUUAUCCUCUUUUUGGUUCCUUGUGGGUUAAAUUAGCCGUGAUUUAAAUUCUGUAUGUUUAUAAAGUUAUUUUAAAAUUUUCUUUUCAUUUUGUCCUAGAAGGUAUUUCACGGCCAAAUCAUUUAUUAUGAGCUAUUUUCUUAAUACAAAACAGGCAAAGGAUUCUUAUAGCUUUAAAAUCUUCUUUAAAAUCAAAAAUCCCGUUUAAAUGAGCUUUUUUUGCACUUAAAAUUAGCGAAAACACAAUAAUUAACACCGUAAAAUUAAAAUAAUAAAAAACAAUUACUCAAUUUAAAAUGCUGCAUAUGUCCAAAUUUGUUUUUCUUUUUUGUUUUUUUUGUUUUUUUGUUGUUGUUUUUUAGCAAUUCUUAGCAAUUUGUACAUGCAACCAAAUAUCUAACCUCUUCAGUAUUUCCUAUGCUGUUGUUUACAUAAAAAGUGCAAAAUGUGAUAUAAAAUUUGCCCAAGUGAAAGGUUGGGGUUGUGGGUCUGUAUUGUUCUGCAUGGACCUUGGACUUUAAUGUGAUUAAUCUGUAUCAUAAAGCUAUAGCCCGUGUCUGUGCAGUGUGAAAUCUUAAGCUAAAUUUGAGCCUCGGUCUUAUUCUCUCAUAAUAUGAACUGAUACAUAAUAAUAAUGAUGAUGAUGAUGAUGAUGUAAUGCCGUGUGCUUUGCUUUGGUGUUUUCUGACUUUUGUAUUUUCAAUAAACUAUUCUUUAACAUUA